CGCUGGCUGGCGGACGGCGGUGACGGCCACGGCCGGGCUCCCCAUCCGGAGGGGUCAGGGCCCGGGGUCGGUCCGGGGUCCUGAGCCCGGCGGCCCAUGAGUCAAGACGAUAUGCCGCAGCCCGGGGCGUGGCGGGGCGCCGACAGCUCCGAGAAGCUGGCGUGGGAGGCCGAGGCCGCGUCUCUGGGCCCGGAGGGAGCCGUGCGGGGCCCGUCGGAGCAGGAGGAGGACAUGUAUCGUGAUGCGGAUGAAAUAGAAAAGGAGAAAGAAUUACUAAUACAGGAAAGGGGGUCAUCAGAUCUCAGAUUGAGCAUUGCCCCUGAAAUGGACAUCAUGGACUACUGUAAAAAGGAAUGGAGGGGAAAUACAGACAAAGCGACCUGUAUGAAAAAGGGCUACGAGGAGGUGUCUCAGAAAUUCACCUCCAUCCGGCGUGUCCGUGGAGACAACUACUGCGCGCUGAGGGCCACGCUCUUCCAAGCCAUGAGCCUUCCUUCGGAACUGCCCCCGUGGCUACAGGACCCGGAGCUCACGCUGUUACCAGAAAGACUCAUCAGCAGAUACAGCUGGAUCAAUCAGUGGAAACUCGGACUGAAAUUAGAAGGGAAGAGCGAAGACCUGGUUGACAAAAUCAAGGAGUCCCUCUCCCUGCUAAAGAAGAAGUGGACGGACCUGGCAGAAUUGAGCAUCCUGGAAGCAAGGCAGGUAGCUUGUGAUGAACUGUUCACAAACGAAGCCGAGGAAUAUAAACUGUAUGAAGCUUUGAAAUUCCUAAUGCUCAACAGAGCUAUUGAACUCUAUGAGGACAGGGAGAAGGGCAAGGAAGUGCCCUUCUUCUCUGUGCUGCUGUUUGCCCGUGACACAUCCAACAACCCCGAGCAGCUGCUGAGGAACCAUCUCAACCACGUUGGUCACACUGGUGGCCUGGAGCAGGUGGAAAUGUUCCUCCUCGCCUAUGCGGUGCACCACAGCAUCCAGGUAUACCGCCUGUCCAAGCACAACACGGAGGAGUUCGUCACAGUGUAUCCCACAGAUCCCCCCGAGGACUGGCCCACGGUGACCCUGAUUGCCGAGGAUGACCGGCACUACAACGUCCCCGUGAGAGUAUGCGAGGAGACCAGCCUGUGAGGGCUGAGCAGGCUCCCCGUGGCUCCGUGAGGCACAGACUGCAGCUUUUUCAUAAAAUAAAGAGUUUUGUACCUGAGGA